AUGGCAGCCAACCUGUUGUUUAUGAUUGAUGAAUUACUUGUCGAAGAAGAUUAUGAGGACAAUAAAGAUACUUUUGAUAUUGUUUCUGCAUUUGCAUUAGCCGCUUCAUUAAUUAGAGAAAACCGGGUAAGAAUAAAAGGAUACAUGGAGUCCAUCGUGCCAGAGUAUAGUGAGGUUAAUUUCAAGCGAAUGUAUAGGGUGUCUUCGUCAUCAUUUGAAGUUUUGACAAAUCAUUUGAGGGAUUAUCCAAAAUUUGUAAUAAAAGGAAAGGGGGGCAGAGAACCCAUUUCAGUUGAAAAACAACUUUUAAUUACAUUAUGGUAUUUGGGAAGUAAGGAUACAGUUCAUAAAAUAUCUGAUAGAUUUGGUAUUUCUGAAUCAACAAUGCUGAAUUGUAGAGACAGAGUCUUGGCUGUGUCAAUCGUACAUUUAAUGGACAAAUUUAUAACAUUGCCAGUUGGGAAUGAACUUCAAGCUGUAAAGGAUCGUUUUGAAUGGAGGAAUGGGUUUUCUGGAAUUGUUGGUUGCUUGGAUGGUACCCACAUCCGGAUUACAUCACCAAAACAUAAUCCCAAAUCAUACGUCAAUCGUAAGGGAUUUCACUCAAUACAAUUGCAAGCAGUAUGUCGUGAAGAUAUGCGUUUUAUUGAUUGUUUUGUGGGAUUUCCUGGAAGCUGUCACGAUUCUCGCAUUCUUAGAAAUUCAGAUUUAUUUUCGAAAGGACCGGAGUAUUGUCAAGAAGGACAUAUAUUAGCAGACGGGGGUUAUCCUCUUUUAAACUGGUUGAUGACACCCUAUAGGGAUAACGGUCAUCUCACAGCUAACCAGAGAAACUUUAAUACUUUACUCUCAUCAAAUAGAGUAAUUAUUGAACGUGCUUUUGGAAUUCUCAAGGGUAGAUUUUCACGUCUUCAAUAUCUAGAUACAACUAAGAUUGAAACAUCUGUUAAGAUUAUUAUGACAUGUUGUAUAUUCCAUAAUAUAUGCAUUCUAAACGCUGACAGUGUAGAUGAAUUCUUUGGCUGUGAUGAAGAUUUACCCAGUCUGCAAGUCAAUACAGCAGAUCCAGAUGCUGUUGGGGCUAGAUUAAAACGUGAUAAUUUAGCCAGGAAUCUUCAAAGAUAA